AUGUGGGAGUUUCUGACGUGGUUCUACUUGAUAUUACAACCGACGCCAGGAGGAUUUGACGUUUACUACGCUCUGGUGGCAGUUUUGGGAUUUGCCCACUUCCACGCUCUCGACAAUUUCUACAACAAGGAUCUCCCAUACGUCGAGCAACUUCGAGCGGCAUCUCCGUCUACCUACGAUGGAUAUCUUGCCGGAUUAGUAUUCAUUGGCCUUCCGAUCGAGCCAAUAGUUUCGUUAUACAUCAUCAUCAACUACUUGGUCGCGUUUUGCGAAUUCUUGUUCGACGAUCAUCACAAGACGGCUUCGGUCGGAAUUCUGUUGUAUUCCAUCUUCACUGGAAAGAGCUUCGGAUGGAGAACGACGAUGGUUAUAAUGGCGACCGGUUUCGGAAUUUCGCCGAUGAUUUCUACUCAUCACACUUCCUACUCAUACGAUGAUGAAACGACGAUGAAAUUUGUGUUGGCAACUUCAGUGCAAUUCAUCUUCUUCCUCUUGUAUCUCUGGAAAAAUGUGAAAAUCUAUCCGCACCACGUGAUCGCCUCGCUUCAUUUUCUCUCAAGAAUCUUCGGAAAGUGGAAGCAAGCGGUAUGGGAUGCACCUUUCUCCUACAUUUGCAAACACUUCGGAUGGGAACAUGACCUGGAAAAGUUUAAGUUGGAAAAAGCUGGACACAGAGAAAAAACGCUUCAAUUUUUCCAUUUGUUUUCACAUCCUGAUGAGACGAAAAAAGCACCAACAACUGCACUGGAACUCAUUUCAAAAGAAGUGUCAUCUGGUAACAAGAUCUCGAUCUUCGCCUGCUCGUUCGCUGGAAUUGAAGUCACCACAAAAGGAGAAUCGAUUAUCUCAGCUGGGAGUCCUGAAUUCAAUUUGUUUCACUUUCUGAAAAGACAACGAUUGGGUUCGAAGAAUUUGAGAGAAAAAUUGAUUAAUUCGCAGUUCCGCGAGGCACUCAACAUUUGUAAAGAAAAGGGACAAGUCACGGUGGAGGAUGGAGUUGUAAAAUACGGGAAUUUCAAUUGGGAUAACGACACAGUGAAGAUUAGGUUGCAAAACAUCAAGAGAAAUAUUCUCCCAACAGAAACGAAGCACUUGAUCGAGUUGCACGACAGAAACCUCAUCUCUGCUCAAAUCACUGUCAAAGGAAAGUUCAUCCGCAAAGACAACAUCCAAGCAUACUUCACCUAUAUCAUCCCCAAAGAUGAGUAA